AUGAGAUUCAAACUGAAAAAUAACGAAAACUAUGAUAGAGGCCAUUUCAUAGGAAAAGAAAAUGAUAAUUUUCCUAAUUUACAUGGUUCUAAAACAAUUCCUGAGCCUGAGACUCAACAGAAGCAUAGUGAACCAAAAUUUAUUCCUUGUGAAUAUGAAAUUCCAGUUGCAGGUCCCCCUGAAAUCUGCCCAAAAAUUCAUGAAGCAUUCAAAUAAACUAAGUACUCUUUCAAUUCUAUGAGAUAAAUACCAAAAUAAGUCUGUCCAGCCAGAACUUCUUAUAAAAUCUGCUUUUGAAGAUCGUCUAGAUAAACCAUCUUCCCUUUCAGACCCUGCUGCUACAGAGCCUGCUCCAACUCUAGACCCUGUACAGGCUCCUAGCCCAGCUUCUAAGGAAAUCAAGGCUGACCCUCCAUCAACUGUUGAAAAACCUGAACAUAAAGGGACAAUAGAGCUUGAUGAAAAAGAGCUUUUAGAGAUUGAAGCAGAUAUCGAAAAUUUUGAUCAACUAGAGGAGCAGAUACCCAGUGGUGACCAGAUCCCGCUUGCUAAGACCAUUUCCUUCGGAAUCCCUCAGCCUCAGGCAGAUCCCCAAGCGAAAGUUUCUGCAGGGUCUACUCAGAAUAUUGGAAUGCCGCCUAAAAAUUUUGGGACUAAGGUAAAAGAGGUCAAGACUGUCCUUGAGAAUAUUCCUGAAACUGCAGAUGAGAACAUUGGAACUAAAUCUAAAGCUGAUUUGGAAACCCCAAAGGCGGACAAAAAGGUGUCAUUAGAACCAGAGGCGCCUAAGAAGCCUCAAAAUCCUUUUACAAAUUCAAGAUUAAAUAAUCCAAAUCGUAAAGAUGACAUAAAUCCUUUCAAGAAAAGCUCAAAUCCUGAUUCAAAGGUGAAACCCAAGCUUGAUCCAAGUGGAAAGCCAAGGCCUGUUGUUACUAAUCCUUUUGGGAAGUCCUAAAAGGUUCUGUCUCUGAUUUGAGUCUAAAUUUGAAUUUGAGUUUCA